AUGCCUCACAUUGUCAUUAUCGGAACACUCGAUACUAAGAAGGACGAGUUCAUGUAUCUUCGCGAGCACAUCGCCAGCAUAUCUCAAUGUCUCCCUCUUCCAACGCAUAUUACCCUCAUCGACUGCGGCAGAGAGCAUGUGACAAACAGUGCCAUCAGCAUAUCUCGUUCCCAACUGCUGGAACAAUAUUCCCAACCCGGCCGCCAUGUCCCGCCCAGGUCCCGCGCCGAAGCAAUUGACGAGGUGAUUCCCUGUGCGUCCAAAUACAUCCGCGACCUAGAACAUAGACACAAAAUACACGGAAUCAUCGGAGCCGGCGGCAGCGGAGGCACGAGCAUCGUCUCCGCCGUCAUGAGAGACGCAGUCCCUCUCGGCCUUCCCAAGCUCAUCGUCAGUACCGUCGCAUCCGGGGACACGGGCCCCGUAGUCGGAGAAACAGACAUGUCGCUCAUGUACUCUGUCGUCGACAUCGCCGGCACAAAUCGGCUACUAUGCGAGAUUCUCUCCAACGCAGCAGGCGCCAUUGCCGGCAUGGCCUUCUCCUACGAGCAGAGACUGGCGCGCGACAACCCACGCACCAUGACGGCCGGAACGCAGAGAACCAGAAUCGGCAUCACAAUGUUUGGAGUCACGACCGCAUGCGUGGACACCGUCAGGCGCCAUCUAGAGAGCCACCACGACGCAGAGGUGUAUGUUUUCCACGCCACUGGUCAUGGGGGCAAGUCGAUGGAGCGGCUCGUCGAACAAGGCGGGCUCGAUGCUGUCCUGGACCUUACCACGACCGAGGUGUGCGAUUUGCUCGCGGGCGGGAACAUGCGCGCUGGCCCUGAGCGCUUCGAGGCCGCGUUGACAAGGGGCAUACCCAACGUUGUAUCCGUUGGCGCGGCGGACAUGGUUAACUUUGGGCCGCUGGAGACGGUUCCGCCGUGUUACAAACACCGGAGACUGUACAGGCAUAACCCCAACGUUACUCUCAUGCGAACCUCUGACACUGAGUGUGCUGACGUGGCCGUGUUUAUGGUGGACAAGCUCCGUCGAUUCGCCAAGGACGCCUCUAUGGUGGAAGUUUGGCUUCCGAUGGGAGGCGUGAGCAGCCUUUCGACUCCGUCGGGGCCGUUUGCGGACUCCCGUGCCGAUGGCGCUCUGUUUGAGACGUUGAAAUUUGGAUUGAAAGAGAGUGGUAUUCGGGUGGUGGAGGAUGCUCGCGAGAUUAACGAUGGCGGCUUCGCGGUUGAUAUUGCUGAGAGGCUGAUGAGUCUUGUCGCCAGGACUUUGGGUCAGUGA